CUCUUCAUUCAAAUCAAACCCCAAACAACACUCCUUCGUGUUUCUUGCUCCUUCUCUUUCUCUCUGGGAAGACACACAGAAUCUCAAAACCAUCUCUCAGAUCAGAGUAUUUUGUUUUUAUCCUCUCUCCGACCUUCACUUCUCAUCCCAUGGACGCCGCCACUGAUGCUUGCUGCUCCACCCAGCUCAUCGACGGUGACGGCGGCUUCAACGUCUCCGGCCUCGAUCACUUCAUCAGGAACGUCAAGCUUGCAGCUUGCGGACUUUCCUAUGCCGUCGUUGCAAUCAUGGGUCCUCAGAGUAGCGGGAAGAGCACCUUAAUGAACCAUCUUUUCCACACAAGCUUCAGGGAGAUGGAUGCUUUCAAAGGAAGAUCUCAAACAACUAAGGGCAUUUGGAUAGCAAAGUGUGUGGGGAUUGAACCUUGCACAAUUGCUAUGGAUUUAGAGGGUACUGAUGGAAGGGAGAGGGGCGAGGAUGAUACUGCUUUUGAGAAACAGAGUGCUCUUUUUGCUUUGGCAAUAUCAGAUAUUGUUCUGAUUAAUAUGUGGUGUCAUGAUAUUGGUCGGGAGCAAGCAGCCAAUAAACCACUUUUAAAAACAGUUUUUCAGGUCAUGAUGCGUCUAUUCAGUCCCCGCAAGACAACAUUGCUUUUUGUUAUACGUGAUAAAACAAGGACCCCACUUGAAAAUUUGGAGCCUAUUCUAAGAGAAGAUAUUCAAAAGAUUUGGGAUGCAGUUCCAAAACCCCAAGCUCAUAAACAUACUCCUCUCAGUGAAUUUUUCAAUGUGGAGGUUACCGCUUUGUCAAGCUAUGAAGACAAGGAAGAAAAGUUCAAAGAGGAGGUCGCACAACUACGGCAGCGUUUCUUCCAUUCUAUAGCUCCUGGAGGUCUUGCUGGUGACCGACGUGGUGUUGUGCCUGCUUCUGCCUUUUCUAUUAGUGCACAGCAAAUAUGGAAAGUCAUCCGAGAGAACAAGGACCUUGAUCUUCCGGCUCAUAAGGUAAUGGUUGCAACUGUGCGUUGUGAAGAGAUUGCUGAUGAAAAGCUUAGCUGCUUACGCUCUGAUGAGGGUUGGUUGGAAUUGGAGGAAGCUGUUAAAUCAGGUCCAGUACGAGGUUUUGGGGAAAAGCUGAGCUCCAUUAUUGAUGCCUAUCUUUCACAAUAUGAUGAGGAGGCAAUAUUCUUUGAUGAAUCUGUGAGAAAUGCAAAACGAAAGCAAUUAGAAUCCAAGGCAUUGGAUUUUGUAUACCCUGCUUAUACAACAUUGCUGGGGCACCUACGUUCUAAAGCUGUAGAUGAUUUUAAGGCUAAGCUAGAGCAAUCACUGAACAACGGAGAAGGAUUUGCUUCAUCUGUUCGCAUGUGGACUGAGUCUAUUAUGCUAGAGUUUGAAAAAGGAUCUGCUGAUGCUGCUGUGAGACAGGCUAGUUGGAGUGCAUCAAAAGUCAUAGACAAACUGCAUCGCGAUAUUGAGUCACAUGCUUCAUCUGUGCGUGACACAAAGUUAUCAGAAAUAACAACUAAAUUUGAGAAACAAUUGGCUAAGGCCCUGAUUGAGCCAGUGGAGUCAUUAUUUGAAGCUGGUGGAAAAGACACUUGGGUUUCAAUAAGGAAGCUUCUUAAACGUGAGACUGAAGCUGCCGUAUCAGAACUUUCAGCUUGUAUUUCUGGUUUUGAAUUGGACGAAGAAACAGUUGAAAGAAUGCAACAAAGCUUAAGGGACUAUGCAAAACAAAUAGUGGAAAAUAAAGCAAAAGAAGAGUCGGGAAAGAUUCUGAUUCGCAUGAAGGAUAGAUUCUCUACUGUGUUCAAUCAUGAUGCUGAUUCACUCCCUAGAGUGUGGACUGGGAAAGAAGAUAUCAGAGCUAUUACUAGGGAUGCUCGCUCUGCGUCGCUGAAGCUUCUAUCAGAUAUGGCUGCUAUACGCUUGGAGGAUGAGAAGCCAGAUCGCAUUGAAAAUGUACUUCAGUCAUCUCUCAUUGAUAGACCUGCUGGUGCAAUAUCUUCCCAAAAUAGAAUCGAAGGGCCUACAGAUCCACUGGCUUCAAGCACGUGGGAGGAGGUUCACCCAAAAGACACACUUAUCACUCCGGUGCAGUGCAAGUCCUUGUGGAGACAGUUCCAGGGAGAAACUGAAUAUACAGUUACCCAGGCUAUUUCAGCUCAGGAGGCCUACAAGAGGAGUAACAAUUGGCUACCUCCUCCAUGGGCAAUAAUGGCUAUGGUCAUCCUUGGUUUUAAUGAAUUUAUGCUGCUCCUAAAAAAUCCUCUUUACCUGAUGAUUAUAUUUGUUGCCUAUCUAAUCGGGAAGGCCCUUUGGGUACAAAUGGACAUAGCUGGCGAAUUUCGGCAUGGCGCGCUUCCUGGUCUUCUAUCCCUUUCGUCGAAGUUUGUGCCGACAGUUAUGAACAUUCUUAAACGUCUCGCUGAAGAAGCUCAGGCGAACUCGAGACCUGGAGGGUCAGAAUCACAAAAUGCAAAUGCUCCGGUAUCAAGAAAUCAAAUGCAAAAUUCUGAGAGAGUAUCAAGCACGCGCUCCAAUUCUUCUGUAUCCAGUGUUGGCUCAUCUGGCGUUGAUCAAGAAUACUCAUCACCAAACUUGUCUCAAAGACGAAGAACAAACCUUCCAGAAGCUGAAUUUUCUUGAGGGUUAUGGUUAUAGCAUUCAAAUAGGAUCCAUGUAUCAGUUACGUUUGCUUUCCAGUAUCAGUUUUGCAUUUUAUUUUAUUUUAUUUUUUGGGUAUACACUAUACAGCAUCAGUUUUUUGUUUACUUUAUCUACGUUACUCUUCCUUUCUAUUAAUAUUUAUGCGUUAUAGCUUGUAAUUAUCUGAAAAUAUAUGAAGGGGAGGAACCCCUAUUGGGGUUCAAGUUCAACUAUUCAAUAA